AUGGCACCUUACCUCAUUCGCAAGUCAUCUCAACGUGCGCGGAAGACGCCACUGAAGGCUGGGAUCAAGGAAUUUGAUCAUUGCGAUCUACAAGAUCUGCAUCCGUCGUCGCCGUUCGCGAGUGGCACACAGUCGCUGUCAAGCUCUUCCGACACCGUCCCCUCCUCUCCUCCAUCGAGCGCCGGUAGUCCGGACUAUUGCCCACCCUCGCCCUCCCUAUCUUCUUGCUCGUCGGACUACGAGCCUUCAGCGCCUCCGCGGCGCUCGCGGAAGACGGCGUCUGCGCGCAACAGACAGGACUCGCACAAGAAUCCCGCGUCUGGGAGGGUUCGCCGACCACCGAAUGCGUUCAUCAUUUUCCGCUCUAAUGUAUGCAAGAAGACUAAGGUCAAGGGCCCAGCUACAAAAAACAACCAGACCACGACCAGCUGUGCGGCAGCUAUACUAUGGAACAGCUUGUCCGAUGCGGAAAAAGCGCCGUGGGCAACACGGGCCGCGGAGGCCAAAGCGCAGCAUAAGCUGCAACACCCAGACUACAAAUAUACGCCCGGAAAGUCCCACAAGGCUAGGUCGGGGAAACGGGGGCCGCGGCCAACCAAGCUAGAGAUUAGUCGCUCCGAAACGAUGGCAAAGCUACUUGGACAAGGUUUCGAGGGCGCCGAGCUCAACAGGCGUUUGGAGCUCAUCUAUGGCGACGCGAACAGCCCCCUUCCUAGCUCGCCUCGUACGCGAGGGCCCCACGUUUCCCAGUCAACCUCAAAGCGCGCGACGAAGUCGCGGACCACUAAAGUCUCAGAUUUCGAGGGCGACUUCCAGCCCGAGGUCGCUUUUGAAAACAUGCAUAUCUCGGACAUGGCGACCCCUGAGCUCGUCGCGUCGUCGCCGGAUUCGGACGACGGGCAGCUGCUCCAAGAAGUCUCGACUCCGAGCUCCUCUGUCUCUAAUGAGAUACAGGGUCAAACGGUAAAAGAGGUGGGAGGCUCGCUUGUCGACGCUGCCGAAGAAUCCAUGCUCGUCGACGGCCAAUCGCUUAUCUUCUUUGACGGCUUCGCGCAAGGGUCCCCGUUAUUGACGUCUCUUUCAAUAUCCAUCGCACCGAUUGACUUCGAGAACAUGAAUAGCCAGUCCGACUUAUUCAGCAUGGAAUCGGCAUUCUACGAUGAUGGUCACUUGGAGAAGCUCGUUCACCCUCUCAUCGACGAGCACGCAGCGAACGCUGUAACGGACAUUGACUUCAGUGAAUGGAUCAAUGACCCCGCUAUCUAA